AUGAAAAUCCUCGAGGCGCAAAAUGCGCUUCUCUCCAAUUACGAGGUCUACCAGCACAUCAUCGACCAGAGGAAGCGAAACAAAGAACAAAAUCGACGCGUGCCUGGAAAUGCGCACCAGAUCAUGACCGAGGUGGUCACCUACUUGAAGGAAAAACCCAGUCCGUUGGAGAAGCAAGAUGAAACCCAAGCCUACAGCCCGACCGCCAUCUCUCAGUUGCUCGAGAAGCUGCGCGAGGCCAAUCUCUCGAGCGAGCUGACCAAGGGCGAAAUUCUUUCGAUUCUCAACCUGCGCCCGUUGUCUAGUGCACUGUUGAGCACAGCCAUUGAGGACAUGGAGGAACGGUUCGGCGACGAGGAGCAGAACAAGAUUGUCGACAUCAUCGGCGAGGUGCUGGGCCGCCCGGAGCCGGCCGAUGGGGACGAGAUGGAUGCCGAGGGAGAAGAAAUGGAUACCGACGCGGUGCCGUCAGUUGAGAACGGGUAUUGA